GCAGUGAAGGUGAAAAAGCUCUUUCUUCUACCAUUGGUUCUUAUUAGCCCUUUUCAAGCACUUCUCUUUUUGUACUCCAUGUUUUCUGUGUUUGUUUCUCACUGAUGAGUUCGUGUUGCAGUUAUUCUCUAGACAUGGCCUUUUUCUUCAGUUUGAUUCUUGUUUUGGUUCUCUCUCUCUUAAAGCUUACGGCUUUUCUCUUCUCCUGAAGUUUGAAUGGAACUUGAGAGUAGUAUGGCUGGAGAGUUGAAGGAAAAGGGUGCAUGGGUGCCAUUGACACCAGUAAAACCAGUUCCUGCAAGACAUGAUGAGAUUAACUCCAGUGCCAGUGAUAAAGGCGUGAAUCAUGAUGUGGGCUCUGUUGAAAAUCCUCAAUUGUCUCAAAUUUGGGGAGAAUUGGGGAAGGAGAGUGGCAAUUGUGGUUUUGAAUUUGGGAAUUCUGGGAGAGUUUGUCUCGGGAGGGAUCAAGAAGUUGCAGAGAAUUGUGAUGGUUCUGUGUCAAAUGUUGGGGCAGUUGAGGGAGUAAAAACUGCUGAGGAUUGUAGUGGUGGGGUGGCCAGAAAAUCUGGUUUUGCGGUUUUUGGGGAUCCAGGCAGCAGCUUUGAGUCACUGGGAUUACAUGGAAAACCAGACGGCAUAAUAGGUGGGACCUCAGACAAUAGGUCACGUCAAAACACCAUUGAUGUUGAUGUGUCUUCUGCAUGGAAGAAGAGUGAUCACAAUUCACAAUGUAAAUUUGGGCCAGAUUCAACAAAAGCUUCAAAUAUGCCAAAGAAUCAAACUCCCAAAAAGAGGAGCAACAAGGGCAUUGACUCGAAUAAAAAGCCGCGGAAGAGAGCAAGAAUGAUAAGACAUAGACCUAAAGUCUUUGAUGAAAGUAAACCUAUAAAGCCUUCAACUCCGAAACCCCGGACUCCAAAGCGUACAAAAUAUGUGAAAAAAGAUAGCCGCAAAACUCCAGUUGAUCCCUCAAAAGAUGUUGAUAGGGAAGUGGUUGGUAAUUAUAGUAAACUUUCCUGCAGACAAAAGCUGGAAUUCAGUACAGAAAACUGCGCUGUAAAUCAGAAUUCAGAGGUCUGCGAUGAGAUAAAAAUUACAACAGGGGUCGAGCCACAGCCUUGCUGCCGUAGCAGAUUCAGUUAUUUGAAAGUGUAUCGAAGAAUUUUCAGGCCAAAUGAAUGUUUGAAGAACAGUAGAAAAUUAGGUCCUAAUUGUCCAAAUAUGUUCAAGAAAGCAAGGAUGAGGCGAAAAAGGGUGACUGUGUUUGACAAGUUGACUAGACUUGUUAGCAUGAUUCCCACCUCUCGCAAACAGAGAAGUGCAGCUUCGAAUGGACCAUUUAACUUUUACCCUGGAGUGAAAGAUAGAAAGAAUAAAUCUCGGACAUUAAGUCAAAGAUGGACAUCUUGGACGUUAAGGAAAAGGAGGACACCUCGUACAUCAAGCCGAAGGCAGAAAUCCACAGAAAAGAUGACUAGGGAAGCAAUUAAACAUCCAAGGUUUGAUAAAUGCACUUUGAACUCAACUUGGAUGGUGAAUUUGAAAAGGAAAAGAUCUAAGGCAUCCACCCGAAUACGGGACCUAUCAUCCUUUGUCAAUGAUCUUUCUAAGAUCCAGGUAUCGGAGGCUUUUCUCCGGAUGGCCUCUAGUAUCAGAACCCAAGGCAGUGCCAAAUUUGCAGCUUGCAUGGCAGUUCAAGGUGAGGGACCUCAGAGUUUGGCGAUUGAGCAACAAGAACUUCCUCAAGAUAACUUAGUUUCUUGUAAUGAAAGCAUUCAGAUAUCUCCUACAGAAUUUGCGGACUGUGUGCUUGGAGUUGAAAUUGAUAUCCCGAACCACAGUUUGGAAAUGGACAUACUCAAUUAUCAGGUGGUAGAGGGUCAUAGUGUGGUAGCAAAGAGUAUGAAGGAGAUGGUAUCAUUUUCUGAUAAGUUGCUACCUUACCAUAAAUCUCGAUGCAACAAUCGUACCUUUGACAUUCCUCCAUGCUUCCAACCACGAGAGGACAUCAAUUUCAUACGCGAGAAGUAUUCGUUGGAGUCUGAUAUUGUGACACCAUACUUGAUGGGCCCGCAUCAUGAACAAAAGAAUGUCUUUUCAAUCCGAGAUUAUAAUGUGUUUACACAAGCUCUGGUUGAUUUUGCUACCCAGAGGAUAGAGUCUUUACAUAUUGAUGAUGGAUGUAAUCAACUCGUGGUGCGGAACCAAAUUGUGCAUGGUGCACUUGUGCCUUCUAAAGGAAAAUUUGAUCCUUCCAAGAGACGGAAACCGCUGCCAAAAGUUGAUCUUGAUGCAGAGACAAUGAGAGUUUGGAAUCUGCUGAUGGAAAACAAUGGGACUGAUGAUACCGAACAAGAAGAUGAUGAUAAGGCAAAAUACUGGAAGAAGCAGAGAGAAAUAUUUGAUGGACGAGUGGAAUCAUUUAUUGCCCGCAUGCAUCUUAUUCAAGGUGAUAGGCGAUUCUCACCAUGGAAAGGAUCUGUGGUUGACUCAGUGGUUGGAGUUUUCCUGACUCAAAAUGUCAGUGAUCAUCUCUCCAGUUCUGCCUUUAUGUCUCUUGCAGCAAGAUUUCCACCUCCAACUGUGAGUGAACAAAAUGGUUUAGAUGAUAGAAGUGACUGUUUAAUUGAUGAAAGCAAAGAAGUGAAAAUAGCCGAAACACCCUCAGGCAAGUGCGAAGAAUUGUUGAUGAUGGAAAACUACCCUUCAUCGAGUAGCCCCCCCAAUAAGGUUGGAGUCGAUCCCAACAAUCAUGUUGGGGUCGACCUGGAAAAGGGAAAUGAAACUUCCCUCCAGACCGAAUCCACGUCAAGAAAGAAAGGGAAGGUUAAAGAUAAACAAGAAAACACAAUCAAUUGGGAUGAAUUGAGGAAAAAUAUUUCCCAUGGCAGCUCAAGGAAUAGGACUUACCAGACCAUGGAUUCUGUUAAUUGGGAAGCAGUUAGACAAGCAAAGGUUGAAGAGCUGGCUAAGGUGAUCAUGGAACGAGGCAUGAACAAUAUACUUGCUGGAAGAAUCAAGGAUUUCCUUGAUCGAAUGGUUAGAGAUCAUGGUAGUAUUGACCUAGAGUGGCUAAGAGAUGUUCCACCAGAUAGAGCGAAGGAAUACUUACUGAGCAUACCUGGAUUGGGCUUGAAGAGUGUAGAGUGCGUGAGGCUUCUGACGCUGCGCCAACACGCAUUCCCUGUCGACACUAAUGUUGGUCGGAUUUUGGUACGUCUUGGAUGGGUCCCCCUGCAGCCACUACCUGAGGAUGUUCAGAUACACCUUCUAAAUCAGUACCCACUGUUAGAUACCAUCCAAAAGUAUAUUUGGCCCCGCAUGUGCCAGCUCCAGGAGUUAACAUUAUACGAGUGCCAUUAUCAGAUGAUUACUUUUGGAAAGGUUUUCUGUACGAAGAGACGACCCAACUGCAAUGCAUGUCCGAUGAGAGCAGAAUGCAGGCACUUUGCUAGUGAGUUUGCAAGUACUAGGCUUCGCCUUGAAGGUUCUAAAGGGCAAAAUACAGCACCUCAGUCUUCCGUUGCAUCGAUUCAAGACACUACAGAGCUUCGCCUUGAAGGUUAUAAAGGGCAAAUUACGGCUCCAGAGUCUUCCGUUGCAUCAAUUCAAGACACAAUGGAUCACAUAAGUCCGCCAAAGUUCACCCUUGUUGAUGGUGAUUGCUCCGAAGGCUUGUACAAUUCUUGCAAUUGUGAACCAAUUGUAGAAAUGCCAUUAUCGCCAGAGCCCGAGUGCACAGGAACAGUAGAAAUAGACAUUGAGGACUUAUAUUGUGAUUCUGAUGAUGAAAUUCCUACAAUCAAACUUAACGGUGAAGAGUUCAGAAAAAAUGUGCUAACUUUCAUGGGUGAAGAGGAUGGCAUAUCAAAAUCGUUGGUUACUUUAAGCCCUGAAACUGCGUCGAUCCCUAUGCCUAAACUGAAGUACGUAGGCCGGUUAAGGACAGUACAUCAUGUGUAUGAGAUUCCAGAUUCACACCCUCUUUUGGCAGGGUUUGAGAAACGAGAACCUGAUGAUCCCUGUCCCUACCUUCUUGCAAUAUGGACAGCAGAUGAAUCCACGAGAUCUUCCCAGGAACCGAGAAAAGCAUGCAAUUGCAAGAAGUCAACAACAUGUGACAUGAGUACAUGUUCAGGACAAACUGUACAAAAUGAAAAUGACCAGACAGUUCAAGGAACAAUCUUGAUACCAUGCAGAACGGCUAAUCGAGGAGCCUUUCCACUCAACGGGACAUACUUUCAGGUCAACGAGGUUUUUGCAGAUCAUGAAUCUAGUCGACACCCAAUAGCUGUUCCUCGAGAAUGGAUUUGGAAUCUGAGGAGACGGGCGCUAUUUUGUGGAACAUCGGUAACAUCAAUAUCUAGAGGGUUGUCGUUGGAGCAAAUUGAAUAUUGCUUCAGGAAAGGUUUCAUCUGUGUACGGGGAAUCAACAGGAAAAUGGGGGCAGCAAGGCCGCUCGCAAGGAGGUUCCAUCUUUGCAAGACGAGGCAAGUAGAUGAUGAGUGAUUAAGAUUUACUCCAGAUGAAGUAAAGUUUGUACAAAUAUUUAUGGUAUGAUUCUUGCAACAAUGCCAGCAAACUCACUGGACAACCUCUUUGCUACAAAAUUUCCUUAUAUUCUUUUGCUCAAA